UAGCAAGCUAAAGGGGUAUAGUGGACUAAGGCGCAGGGUAGCUCGGCCUCAUGAGCUCUGCUCGGGGCGGCAGAUAGCCCUCCCCAAUCUCUGCUGUGCACAUAGAGACCCGCUGCUGUCCGUUGUAAUCCUGCCGUAUCAUGACCACUCUUACCCAGCGCAGCUCCGGGCUGGUGCAGCGGCGCACGGAGGCCUCCCGGAAUGACAAGGAGAGAGCAGCUGAGGGGGAGGAUGAGGACAAGGGCCAUGAGGAGCAGGACGAGGACGAGAGGGCCGGGGACAAGGAGGCCAGGCUUACCCUGAUGGAGGAAGUGUUGCUGUUGGGGCUGAAGGACAGGGAGGGAUAUACAUCAUUUUGGAAUGAUUGCAUUUCUGCUGGCUUACGUGGUUGUAUGUUAAUUGAACUGGCAUUUAGGGGCAGAAUUACUCUUGAAGCUGUUGGUAUGAGACGCAAAAGUCUACUCUCAAGAAAGGUAAUUUGUAAAUCUGACGCCCCAACGGGAGAUGUUAUGCUUGAUGAAGCCUUAAAGCAUAUAAAGGAAACCCCAGCUCCAGAGACUGUACAAAGUUGGAUUGAACUCCUCAGUGGAGAGACAUGGAAUCCAUUGAAGCUACACUACCAGUUAAGAAAUGUGCGUGAACGUUUAGCUAAAAACCUUGUAGAAAAGGGUGUUUUGACAACAGAAAAGCAAAACUUUCUUCUCUUUGACAUGACCACACAUCCUCUCACCAAUAAUAAUAUCAAGCAGCGUCUCAUCAAGAAAGUACAGGAAGCAGUUCUUGACAAAUGGGUGAAAGAUCCUCAUCGUAUGGACAAACGUUUGCUGGCCCUUAUCUACCUAGCCCAUUCUUCCGACGUCAUUGAGAAUGCAUUUGCUCCCCUUUUGGAUGAUCAAUACGACUUGGCCAUGAAGAGAGUGCGGCAACUGCUUGAUCUAGACCCAGAAGUUGAGUGUACAAAGGCAAAUGCUAAUGAAAUCCUUUGGGCCGUGGUAGCUACCUUUACCAAGUAAAUACAGUGGACUGGAGUGCUCAUUUUAUGUAAAUCCAGUUGUUUCUGCUUGAUAUUUUUGGUAAUUUGUACCUUUUUUGCUUAUUUUUUAAUCAGCUCAGAGGACAUUAAUUUGUGUCUGUAUGCAGGAUGCUGCUGGUACGAAAAAACCUUCCUGUUGAAAGAGAAGUUUUUAUUGCCAUAUUGGCAUUCCAUUACUCCUUAACUUGUAAACUUGUAUUCUAGCUAUUGAAGGGUUUAUUUUCUUUAGCUGGUAGCAAGGCACAUUUAUCCAUUGCUUGAUGAGCUUGCCUCAAGUGCUUGUGCAGCAGUUAGGAUUUGCAGACUUUUUCAGAGAGAACGUUACAAAAAAAAAGGCCUUUGAAUCACCAAAGUUUAUAACUGCUUUUUCCUGUCUACAUUACUUUUUACAGUCUCCAGUCAAUGCUUGUUAUAGCAAUUUUAAUAAUUGUGUUUUUUUUGUUGUUGUUUUUUUAAAGCUGCUCAUUAUUUGCUUCUUGUUUCUGUAUAGUCCAUAUACACUUCAACUAACUAAUUUUAAAUGUUAACAAUAGUAUAGUGUUGAAAGAUCCUAUGGUGUUUGAAAGCCAUCUUGGGAUGAUGAACAUUCCAUUAAAUGUAAAUAGUAUCUGUUGUAUAGUAAUAAUCAUUUUCUCUCCUUGCAAAGUUAUUUGAGACUUUUCAGUUGCACCCUAUAUUAGAUUCAACAAGUCCAUAAUGUUUAGAUCCCAACUUAAGAUAUCAUGAAAUGUCAUUCACUUAUAAAUGCUUUCAAACAUGA